GAUUAUAUGAUUGCGUCUUGCUUCGCGUAUUUUCCCAUCCCAGUUGUAUCCAGAGCAUUCUGAGUCUUCCAUACACCUGGACUCUUCAGAACAAUAUGUUGGCUGUACUCUUCAUCCUGGGGGCUUUGGUUUUCCCCCUAAACCUAGCAGAAUUACAGAUUAGCUUGCUGAAUCCUGCUUUAGACGGGGUGAUGGCUAGCAAAUUCCCAAACUCUUUUCUACUUCGUCUACCUGAUUGUUCCACUUAUGGAAACAAGAUGGUUGAACUGCUGUACCAGGAACGGUCCACCAGUCAAAACAAUACACAGUCUUUCAAGGUCCCAUCCUGCACCUCUCAAGUUUUGGGUUACCCUCUGAAAGAACUAAAAAAUGGAACAACAUACAGCAUGUGGUACAAGAUUGGAAAUGAGAUCAGCAUAGUCUUGACUGAUACGACUACAAACGCAAUUGAUUACCGUCAAAUAAAUGAUGGUCUGCCGGCCCGCAGUGCAGCGAUGGUGGUUAUCACAGCCAUUUUGUCUACGGCUAUGGCUCUCCUCCUCAUUGGCAUCAUUGUUACUGUGUUUGCCUCAAAAUGAGCUGGAUACAAUGCACUUUAGAUUAAAUCACUCCAAUAUCAAAGACAGAUAUUUUCAAAAUUAAAAACAUUUCAGAUAUACUGAGAACAUUUCAGAAUUAUAAUCAAAAGUUACAAAUUGUGCCUACAAUGUAUAAAUAUAUAUAUUUAAUCUACAGUGCAUUUCAAAUAAAUCCUGUACCUGAAAUAUUAUGAAAUCAUGUCUUUGGUUCUUCAAUCUUCAAUGGGGUUUGUUUGCAUAUUGGGGAGACCAGGGCUAGAUGUCACAAGGGUAACAUCUCAGAAACUAUGAGGUUUUAAGUCCAACUUCACAAAUGCUUGCUUUCUUUUGUAUGCUGAUUUUAAACACCUUAAACCUGUUGUUGUAUAGCUUUUGGGUUAGAAAGUGAACACAAUAAAAACCACAUUAAAGCUGAAUUAUGUAACUUUUCUUUG